AUGUAUUUGUUGACAGCAGUUUCGGCGGUAGCUGCCCUCGUGGGCCAAGUCCUGUCGCAGGGGGCUCCUAUUGUGCCAUUCCCUACUAGCUGUUCCGGCAUCGCUGCGCCCCGGUACCCGUACACGAUCGAUUCCGGGUGGCAGGUUACCAAGGUCGCCAGCGGUCUUCGCCAACCCCGAACUAUCAUCUUCGACCCCUUAGGUCACAUGCUGGUGUUGCAAGCUAGCUUCGGCAUCUCGGUCCACACCUUUGGCGCUGAUGGCUGUAUCAACAGCACCAAGACCCUCCUACAGAGCACGGCUCUGAACCACGGCCUCACCCUCACGCCCGAUGGCAAGACCCUCUAUGCUAGCUCGCAGACCACGGCCUGGUCUUGGACCUACGACGCGACCGCCAUGACAAUUUCGGGUCAGAAGACCGUCAUCACCGGCAUCAGCCAGGGCAUCCACUCGACACGAACGAUAGUCGUUUCCCCCAAGAACCCCAACUUAGUUCUCGUCUCUGUCGGCUCUAACUCGAACUGGGACAACCCGACAAUCGACCCGAAUGUCGGCCGCGCCUGCGUCAAGGUGUUCGACAUGAGCACGGUGCCCGCCAACGGCUACAGCUAUAACACCGGCGGCAAGAUGCUGGGAUACGGCCUGCGGAACGAGAUCGCCCUGGCUUUCGACCCGAACGGGCACGUAUGGGGCGCGGAGAAUAGCGGUGAUGAUUUCCGACGAACUAUUAACGGCCAGUCGACGGACAUUCACAUCGAUAACCCUGCCGAGGAGCUGAACUACCUCGGGGAUCCGGCCGCGCCCUUGCAAAACAACUGGUUCGGUUACCCGACGUGCUUCACCGUGUGGGAGGCGUCCAACUUUAGGGACAACACCGCGCUGAGGACGGGCUCGCAAUUCGUCGUGACACCCAACUCGACCUUCAACGACGCCUCGUGCGUCGGCAGGUCCAACCCGCCGCGUCUCUCGUUCCCAGCGCACAUGGCUCCCAUCAGCAACGCCUUCGACGCCCAGGGCUUGAACCUGUACAUCACGUUCCACGGCAGCUGGAACCGGCAGCCGGCACAGGGCUACAUGGUGGCCGAGGUCCCCUUCAAGAAGAACGAGAACGGUACGUACGAGCCGGUGGCCCCGGCCGACAGCAAGACCGGCUACAAGACCAUCAUCGGCUCGCAGAACCCCGGCGGCUGCAACUCGCCCGGCCUGACCAUGAGCUCCUGCUGGCGCUUGGCGGGCCUCAGCUGGGACUUGGCCGGCAACAACCUCUACGUCAGCAGCGACAACCAGGCCCAGGGAGAGAUCUUCGUGCUGAGGAAGACGGCUUAG